UUUUUCUGAUUUACAGAUGCCUUUUAUUGAUUGUGGCAUUUUUCUGUCAACACUGUGGGAGGGAGAGAAGUAUGGCAUGCAACAAAGGUCCUCAGCUGGAAUUGAACCAUGUGACAUUUUGGACAUGAGAAGUUGAGCUGAGAGCAUCAGACACCACACCGACAGAAGACAAGAUGGUUACACAAAGACAGAAAUACCUGGAGAGCGCCCUCCUGUCAGCAGUGGCAGCGCUGCUUCUUCUGACCACAGCAGGACAGUCGACAAUACUGCCCAACGAGCUCCAGACCACAGCAACUCCUGCUCUGUUAAACUCAUCUCUGCUCACACAGCUCAACGACAGCAGUAUGGAGAAACCUCAGGUUCUGGGCUUACACAGAUCAUGUAGAAUUGAACAUAAAACAUACUGUGAAAACGGUGGAGAGUGCAUGUACCCCCAAGACAGCGACAAACCUUCAUGCAUCUGCACGUCGUCUUACAGCGGGCCUCGCUGCCUGUUCUUCAACGAUCGCACUCGCACUCUGCCUGAGUUAGAGCAAGUGAUUGCCAUCAUCUUUGGGGUAGCCAUGCUCAUCAUUGUCCUGGCCAUCAUUAUUUUCUGCUUUGCCUAUAAGAGGUGUAUAAAAUGGGCACCACUAAUCAAACCUGCACCGUCUGAGUUGUCAGUGUGACCCAACUCAUCUGUUCACCAUUAUCUUCUUCAGCGGCACAAGCAAACAUAAGCCACAACAUUUCCUCAUACUGUAUAAUCAGCAGCGUUGGAAAACAAUUUAAAAAGCAAAUAAGAGACUGUAUGGACUUUUUUUUUCUUUAUUGGACAUUUGAUGUGCAUAAAGAUGACCACUAUUCAGUUUCAGUUUGUCAUUCAAACAAGCGAGGAAAGACUAAACUGUGUUUAUUUAUGUGAAAUGGACUUCAUUGUCUGGUAAAGAAUGAGG